CAAACACAUCACUAUCAUGGCAGACACCCUUUCCAACGAUGACGGUCUACCAUUGACGUCUCUCUACAUCAACGGAACCUACCGUCCCGCAAGCACGAGUGCUACCUUCCCAGUCACCAAUUCCUACACAGGCCGUAUCGUAGGCCACUCCGCGUCAGCCUCCUCGUCCGACUGCGUGGAAGCCGUCGAAGCCGCUCAAGGCGCUUUCCCCGCAUGGGAGUCGGCCCCGCUCGCAUUCCGGCGGGAUGUACUUUUAAGGACUGCGGCUAUUUUGGAGGGAGAGGAGUGGAAGGAGAAGGCGAUGAGGGCGUUGAAGGAGGAGACGUCGUCGACGGAGGGGUGGGCUUUGAUGAAUGUAUUGUCUGGGCCGGGGUCGUUGAGGAAUGUGGCGGGGAUGGUGAAUGAGCUCAAAGGCGAUACCUUUCCGUCCGUAAAUCAAGGUGGAACAGUGUUUGUACACAGGCGAGGACAGGGCGUAGUGUUCUCCAUCAUUCCGUGGAAUGGACCCGUAACUUUGACGGCGCGAGGCGUCGCGAUCCCGCUCAUAUGUGGUAAUACCGUCGUCUGCAGACCGUCAGAAUACAGCCCACGAAUAAUCGGGCUCAUGGUCGAUGCCUUCCACCAGGCAGGCCUCCCACCCGGUGUUCUGAACUUCGUACCAAUGUCACGGGACGAGUCUCCAACCUUAAUCCAACAAAUCAUCGCUCAUCCUCUCGUGAGGAAGAUCACAUUUACGGGUAGUGAUCGGGUGGGCAGGAUCAUCGCCGCAGAAGCUGGACGUCACCUCAAACCGUGCCUCCUCGAAUUAGGCGGAAAAGCUCCAGCUGUCAUCCUAGAGGACGCCAACAUCGAAGACGCCGCCCGAUCCCUCAUCUUCGGAGGUCUCCUCAACUCCGGUCAAAUCUGCAUGUCCACCGAACGCAUAAUCGUCCUCCGUCCCGCCCUCUCCGCCCUCCUCACCUCCCUCAAAACCCACAUCUCCCACCUAAAAUUAGGAAGUCCCUUCGAACCUUCUAACCAUCUGUCUGCUCUAUUCACGGAGGCGAGUGCGGAGAAUGUUGUAAGGCUGUUGAGGGACGCGAGGGAUAAGGGUGCGGAGUUGAUUGUGGGGGAUGCGACCAGGGAGGGUGCGAUGGUGAGGCCGCAUUUGGUCGUGGGGGUGAGGCCGGGGAUGGAGCUUUGGGAGCGGGAGAGCUUUGGGCCCAUUUUGGCCAUUGCUGUGGUCGAUACGGUUGACGAAGCGGUGGAACUCGCGAACGAUUCGGAGUACAGCCUGGUUUCGUCCUUGUGGACGACCAAUGUGCACAAGGCGUUCGAAGUGGGAAGUCGUAUACGCGCAGGGUCAGUCAACAUCAAUGGGACCACUAUGAACUCGGAAGCUGGAGAGGGCCAAGCAGGUCUGGGCGGAUCCAGCGGUUAUGGGAAGUUUAACGUGGAGAACUUCACGGAUCGGCGGUCACUGAUAUUGCAUGCUGAACAUGAAUCGUACCCUUUCAUGGGACUAUCAUAA